AUGCCUCCAGCAAACAGUAGAUUUAAGUUCAAAGUCUCUCAAUCACUUUCGAAUGACACGCUUCCAAAAAUUGAUGUCCCAUUCCCGCCAAACCUUGACCCUCGGGAAUGUAUUACUAUCAAAAAAGACGGCAACAUACCAUUGAAGUCUCCCAAUUGCUUCAUUUUGUAUAGGCUAGCUUUUUAUAAUGAACUUCGAGCUUCAGGAUUUAAUGCUAAACAGAAAAUUAUAUCGGAAAUGGUUUCGCUAUCAUGGCAAAAAGAACCUCUAAUUGUUAAAAAAACAUAUAAAGAGCUCGCCCGUAAAGUGCAUUAUGAGCUUAUCAAAAUGCGACGGCAUUUUUUGGGUUUGACAGAUGAUAUUUCUUCUCUAAUUGAAUGCCCAGAUUCAUCAAAAAAUAUUCCUUGUGACAAUGAAGUUAAUACUCAAUCUAUUCAAAAAACUGACGAUCAAGCAAAUUUGUCGACUACAUUUCAAAAUAAUCAAUUUGAUCAAAACCAAAAUACAAAUAUAAAUACAACCAUUUCAUUAAAAGUUACUGAGUCUGAAGCUAUAAACCUUCGGUUUGAGCCAUCGGAGCAAGAUAUAUUUGUUUGUUAUUCUCCGGUCUUCCCAGUUGGUCAUGAUCACCAUAACCCAAAUUCACCACUUGUUGACAUAGCACCAUUUGAUUUCGAUCUAAACUUGCAGAUUUUUAACACCACAUUCUGUUUGGCAGAUGAAAUCCACGAUGAAUUCACUAAAAGUGAAGAAUUUUCGCAAUCUUUAAAUUGUUAUAAUGAAAUCAAUUUAUUCACAGAAUUACCAGAAAAUCCGGAAGAGUCAAAUAAUUCGCAUUGCUUUAGUGAAAUAUUAGAAGCUCAUGUCCCUUAUUUUACUAGUAAUUUUUUUUAA